AUGGGAAUUAAAGGCUUAUACGAUUCAGUAGCUGCUAAGAUUUCUUCUAGCUCCGCCAGCUCCAUUAAUGAGAAGGACAAAGUUAUAAUCGGAAUCAACAACAAUGAGCUCUCUUCCUUGUCAAGUGACGAUAAGUAUUUAGACCAUAUCUUCCAAGACCCAGCCACUGCCGAAUACUGGGGUCAGGUCUACGAAAAUACAAAAUAUGAGUGUAGGGAUUAUGUUGAUCAUGAAUUCACAUGGACAAAAGAAGAAGAACGUAAAGUUGGUUGGAAAAACGAUUGGUACGUGACCUUUUGGGCGUUCUUCAUGCUUACUGCCUUGGAUUUCGAUAGAGCUAACAUUGCUCAGGCAUUAUCUGAUGACAUGUUAGCUGAUUUAAAUUUAACCACCAAUGACUAUAACUUGGGAAGUACAAUUAACUUGGUUUGCUUUUUGUCUGCAGAAUUACCUUCUCAGUUAGUUUCUAAAUGGAUUGGACCUGAUAUUUGGAUUCCAUCCCAGAUGGUACUUUGGAGUGUUGUUUCAUGUGCUCAAGCAUCUAUCAAGACUAGACUGGGAUUUUUGGCAACGAGAGCUUUGCUCGGCGCCUUACAAGGUGGUUUUAUUCCCGAUGUUUGUCUUUGGAUGAGUUACUUUUACACUUCUAAAGAAUUGCCAAUGAGAAUGUCGUUGUUUUACAUUGCAAAUCCAUUAACCCUGGUGUUAUCCAGUUUAUUGGCUUUUGGACUUUUAAAGAUUCACACAACAAAUUUGAAAGAGGGUUGGAGAUGGUUAUUUCUUAUUGAAGGGCUUUUCACCUUGGUUGUCGGCUUGUUUUCAUAUUUUAAGAUGCCGGCAUCUGCGGUUCAAACUAAGGCUUGGUAUAGAAAGAAGGGGUGGUACACUGAAAGAGAAGAAAAGAUUAUAGUCAAUAAGGUAUUGAGAGAUGAUCCAGCAAAAGGUGAUAUGCAUAAUAGAGAACCUGUUGGACCCAAAGAAUUGCUUAUAUCCUUAUUAGACUAUGAUUUAUGGCCAGUGUAUUUUAUCCGUAUUUUGGGAGACAUUGGAUCUACACCUGCUAGUAAUUAUAUGACGUUGACGCUCAAAAAGUUGGGUUUCUCGACGUUUAACACAAAUGCAUUAACUAUUCCAUACAACAUUCUUAGUAUUAUUACGAUGCUUAUCACAGGGUAUUUGAGUGAAUAUUUUAAUCAGAGAGCUUUGGCUUUGGGUGCCAUUCCGGUUUGGAUUUUGAUUUGUCUCUUUCCAUUAAGAUACUGGCUGGGAGCUCAAAAGGAUGUUUGGGGUACUUAUGCUUUACUAACUGUCAUGUUAGGACACAGUCCAACAUGGCCACUUUCGAUUACUUGGUGUUCUGCAAAUGCCAACUCUGUUAGGGCAAGAGCUGUCUCUGCAGCAAUAGUUAAUAUGUUCUCCCAAUCUGGUGGUAUUAUUGCUGCUAACAUUUACAGGACAGAUGACGCACCUUUAUAUCACAGAGGUAACACACAGUUAAUUGGAAUUGCAUUUGGUACUGUCGCUAUGUGUCUUUUUGCAAAAGCUUACUACAUUUUCAGAAAUAAACAGAAGGCAAAGAAGUGGGAUCAAUUCACAAAGGAACAAAAGGAAGACUAUGUCAGAAAUACUACCGAUUUGGGAAAUAAGAGAUUGGAUUUCAGAUUUGUUCACUAG